AUGGAGAAGUAUGAGAUUGUGAAAGAUAUUGGGUCCGGGACUUCUGGGGUAGCAAGGUUGGUAAGAGAUAAAUGUACCGGAGAGCACUUUGCUGUUAAGUUCAUCCAGAGAAGCAACAAGAUCAAUGAAAAUGUACAAGGGGAAAUCAUGAACCACAGAUCCUUGAAGCAUCCCAAUGUUGUUCAAUUCAAAGAGGUCCUACUGACACCAACUCAUCUAGCCAUUGUGAUGGAGUAUGCUGCUGGAGGAGAACUCUAUGAGAGAAUAUACAAAGCCGGUAGAUUUAGUGAGAAUGAGGCGAGGUUUUUCUUCCAGCAAUUGAUAUCAGGAGUUGGUUACUGCCAUAAAAUGAAAGUAUGUCAUAGAGAUCUUAAGCUUGAAAAUGCACUCUUAGAUGACAGCACAGCACCUCGGGUGAAAAUAUGCGAUUUUGGAUCCUCAAAGUCACUACAUUCUCGGCAAAAAUCUACUGCGGGAACUCCGGCUUAUAUUGCACCUGAGGUCCUAUCUGAAAAACAAUAUGAUGGAGAGAUUGCAGAUGUUUGGUCUUGUGGAGUCUCCCUAUAUGUCAUGAUUGUUGGAGCAUAUCCCUUUGAAGAUCCUAAGGACCCCACGAACCUUAGAAAAACAAUUCUGCGGACCCUUACUGUAUGCUACUCAAGCCCUGAUAAUGUACGAGUUUCAGUGGAAUGUAGAGACUUGCUCGCUAAGAUAUUUGUGGCAAACCCAGAAAAGAGAAUUACAGUUUCAGAAAUUAAGAACCAGUGUUGGUUCUUGAAGAAUUUACCUAUGGAAAUGUGUGAAGGAGGAAGUUGGGAAAGCAAUGAUGUAAACCAUCCAUCCCAAAGCAUUGAAGAAGUCCAGUCUAUAAUACAAGAGGCAAGAAAACCUUUAAAGGUCCCAACUGUCAGUAGGCAUCUCAUUGGAAGCAGCAUGGCUAUUGAUGAUGCUGAAUUAAACAAGUGGUGA